UCAAUUCGUACAAAACAUAACCUCAUCGAAUUGAAUAAACAUGUUGAAUUGAACGUUGUUAUUUUUCUGAUAACUAGUGAAAUAUUAAGAUAUCCUAUUGAAUUACACAAAUUCUUAAAACCUUUAAAAUGAAGGCCACGAAACGUGUUCAAGAUUUUAAAUGUUUACCUCUUAAGUUAACCGCAGAUUCAGAGGCACCGCACACAAUUUAUAUGAAGGAACACAUAGUAAGAGAACACACAAAAGACAAACCUCAGGGUCGUACACUGCUAGUAGUGAACGUGCCUCCAUACGCUGACGAGAAAGGUUUGGUGAACGCAUUCAGAGAAGCUGGCUCUGUGCAGUCAGUGCAACUGUGCCUCAAACCCUCAACUGCCGAUGUCAAAGUUAUUAACAGGUUCAUACCUGAACCAAAUACCACCACAUUUAGAGCAGCAUACAUAGUUUUCAAAAAGGUGGCAGAAUUAGACAAAGCUUUAAAGUUAACCAAACUACAGCCCCUGAACUCUGAAGAUCAUCAAGUUAAAGUUGGAAUGAAAAAGUGGAUAGAUGAGUAUAACAGUCGCAUAGUAUUGCCUAAAACACUGAAAGAAAACAUUGAAAUAUUCAUGAAACAGUUUGACGAAAAUGCCCAGAAAGCAGAAAAGAAAGAGAAGGAGUUAGAACAAGAAGAUGAUGAGGGCUGGGUCACAGUCACCAAGAGAGGCAAAGUGCAGAGCUUUGCAAGAACUGAGAAAGUAGAAAACAAGAUAAUGCAGAAGGAAGAGAAGAAUAAGAAGCGGAAAGAGUUGAAGAACUUCUACACCUUCCAAAUAAGAGAAUCUAAAAUGAAACAUAUUGUAUCACUCAGGCAGAAGUUUGAAGAAGAUAAGAAGAAAAUAGCGCAGAUCAAACAGAGUCGUAGAUUUAAACCAUUUUGAAAUAAAUCAUAAUUAAUUA